AUGGGUCUUCAACGAUACACCCAGCACAGUUUGUGUGUGGGUCUCCUGUUUCUCAUCAUCUACGGCUACUACAUCCUGCUAGCGGGUGAUGGAAAUGCGUUUGAUCCCUACGUCAGAUACGGCCGGAUUUUGACAUGGGCCAUGUACAUACCGAGGAUCUGCACAUACUUCGUUCUUACAUUUGCGUUCGGCAACCUUCUCGGGAUCGUCUGCUUCAACACAUUCCCGGAAAGUCCUCGUCUGAAAAAGUCGCCGCUUCUGAUUCCGUUCGUCUGCUUCCGCGUGGUGACCCGAGGCCUGUUCCCAGAGCUCGUCAAGGAUAACAUCGACCGGAAUAUCGGGCUCUGCGAGACAGUGGGCCUCCAACACUUCAUGUUCGAGGUUGUCACCGACAUGCCCAUCAAUCUGGCAAAGAACAGACGUUUGCGCGAAAUCGUCGUCCCGCACAACUACAGCACCAGUCAGGGCUCUCUGUACAAAGCCCGCGCGCUCCAGUACUGUCUGGAACCAGAGAUCAACUGCCUCGGCAACAACGACUGGAUUGUACAUCUGGACGAGGAGACGGUUCUGACGGAAGACUCCAUCGUAGGAAUCGUCAACUUCAUCGCAGAGGGGAAGCACCACUUCGGUCAGGGUUCCAUCGUGUACACCAAGGACAAGAUCGUCAACUGGAUCACUACUCUCAUCGACAGUGUCCGCGUCGGGGUUGAUUACGGAGUUCUGAGGUUCUGUCUGAAGGCGCUCAACAGACCUUUCUUUAGCUGGAAAGGUUCGUUCAUCGUCGCCAAUGCUGCUGCCGAGAUGGAUGUCUCGUUCAACCACGGCCCGGAGGCUUCGGUGGCAGAAGAUUCCUUCUUCGCAAUGAUGGCGACCACAAAGGGAUACACGUUUGGAUUCGUGGACGGAGAGAUGUGGGAACGCAGCACGUUUUCGAUGAUGGACUUCCUCCGACAAAGGCGGCGUUGGCUCUUGGGUAUUAUUAUGGCGGCUCUCAGCUCAAAAAUUCCCAUACGGCACAAAGUGGGACUAAUACUGAUGAGCAUUUCCGGUUUAACGUUGCCCAUCGUGACUUUUGGUUUAUUUCUGGGUUUCAUUUACCCAUUACCAUCGUGGGGUGGAAUUCAUCCACUUAUUUGCUCACCAUUGGGUACGUUCUUGUUCCUGUAUAUCUUUGGUACUAUAAAAUCAUUUAGUUUAAAAAGAAUAGGAUAUCUUAAAUUUGCCUUAAUUAUAAUUUCCACCAUUGGUUGUGCUGUUAUUGCUAUAAUUUUAGAGAGCAUCGCAGCUUUUUGGGUGUGGUUUUCACGAGGACAAAUUGCGUUUCAAAUUGUACAAAAAGACCCAACACGCAAAACUAUGGUUUAA